GGCACCCUUGUUUUUUGUACCUUUUGGAUAUCGUUUAUGUCCUAUUUUUCUAUUGCCUAGUUGAUAGUUGCUCUCUGAACAAUUCACUUGUAUUUCCCAUACGACGUAUUUGCUAACAUAGCCUAACUGACAACUCAGAAUUACAUUAGUAGGAUGACGGGGACCGACGAGGAAUUGAAGGAAGCUGCUGAAAUGGAUCAUCAUCAUUUCGUCAAAACUCUGUCAGCUUUUAGGUUUUUUGGGUAUGAUUUGAUGCACAUAUUUCACAAUUGUAUGCAGUCCACAUCUUCUUAAAAGAGUCGAACGCUCGCGAGCUUAUUAUUACUCGUUACCGUCUACUCACCAUAAACUUAUUCGUGAAUUUGAUGAUAACCUCAAAAAGGUUGAGGAAUGCAUCCUGCACAACAAUGAUUUAAUAGCCAGCAUUAUUAAGCAUUCCGCUCCAGACAUUUUCAACGGGGAACAUGCUUGUGAGUUGAAUGGCACAGUUGGUUCAUCAAACGGAACAGAUUUAGAUAACAGUCACGCGGUCGGUCCCCGGGAAAAAAUUGGUCCUUUUGCAUUUACAAAUACAGAAAUGGAUAAAGUUCGAUCAGCUUUAAAACAAUUUGUAAGAGAUUGGUCAGCUGAAGGAAAACCAGAGCGGGAUAUAUGUUAUCAAUUUGUACUUAAUGAUGUUUUAGAACUGUUUAACCCAAAGAAAGUCUGUCAUUUUACCUCCGGGAUUAGUGAACAAAAUUCAACAUGAAAUCCUGCAAACGUCAACAUCCUAGUCCCAGGGGCUGGCCUUGGUCGAUUGGCUUGGGAACUUGCUCAUCUUGGCUACACAUGCCAAGGAAAUGAAUGGAGCUUGUACAUGCUUAUUCCAGCUUAUUUUAUUCUAAACACAUGCAAACAAGUUAAUGAGUAUAAAUUAUAUCCAUGGAUCGGUCAAUUUUGUAAUAAUAUGUCACGUAAAGAUCAAAUAACCCCUGUUCAUUUCCCUGAUGUAUGUCCAGCAGAUUUACCUGCUAAUGUUCAAUUUUCUAUGGCAGCUGGAGAUUUCGUUGAAAUUUAUACUGAUCCAAGUAUGUGUGUUUUUGUUUGUUAGUGUAUACCGAUACAUGAAAUUGCUCUAAUUAUAAUUGUCCUUCUUUACAAAAGUAAACAAAAGAAGAAACAACACUGAUACCAGAAUAUAAUAAAUUCAUUGUAGUUCGUUGUUUUCCCUUCAGUUACAUACAAGUUGAUAUGCUUAGUUAUUUCGAAUUGUCAACAUAGAUUACCAAACAGCACGAAACUUAUGUCAAGGGUUUCUUAUUGACUACUUCCAACCACCAUCCUAUCUCAACAUAAUGCACACAAUGUCGAGUCUCCUAGAAUAGUGGCCACAUUGCAAAUUGAUCGAUAGAAUGUGGUCUGCACUAAGAAGGACCUGAUACACAUGACAUUGAUCACUAUCCAGUGUUCAGUCAACUAUAAACAGCAUAGUUUACAAUUUGAAGAAGGGAACUGUUCAUAAAGAUUAUUUUGUUUAGAAUAUAAAUGAAAUUGUAAUCUAAGUUUAUAAUAGGGUUUUUGUGAAUGUUUAGAGUGAUUAUUCUAAAAAUUUAUUAUUUUAGAAAAUCAACAUCUUAAUUCGAGACUUUUGGUAGUAUUUUGUUUUCUGAGGUAUAUAGUUUAAUUGUGGAUUCUUUAUUGUCGUUCUGGACAACAUCAGCGCCUAAUUCAUAUAUAGUUAUUCCACAUGUGUUUUGUUAAUCUGUCAUGACAGCCUUGUUUGUGAUUGAUAGUUUUCUUAGAUUUUGUUGUCUUCAUUUGUCCUUUCAUUCAUGUCAGCUGUUCUGUUCGGUUACCGUUUAACCUUAAGAUCUAUUAAACUCUCCCGUAUAGGUUAAUGGAUUAGAUUUGUGUCGAUGCGUGUAUUGAUUGCUCAUUGGUUUGAAUGUAAUGCUUCGAUGAAAUUUAUAUCCAAGGUUAUUGACGUACAGUGAUAUCAAUGAUUACAUAUCAUUUUGAUGGUGUUUCAGUCCUUUAGAUACCUUUUUGAUGAAAUUGCGGAGUAGCGAUUCUUACGGAAGACGGAUAAAGUAUGAAUGUUUUUCAACUUUUUGUGUACCAAGAGUACUUCAUUGGGUUUUCGCCCUUCUGAAUAGUGUGUGUUUAAUAACCUCUUUAUGUUUUGUUGCAUUGUUACCGUUGUAGGUUAACAUUUGACCUUUGAAGUCCUUCUUCCUGUACCACUUGUGUUAGCAAAUAUUUAAGAUAGUAUCUCUUACGUCGCAUAACAAAAUUUGGGGCUUUAAGGAAGGCAAUAUUUGAGUUGAACUUACUAGAAUAUGAUUAUAAUUAACGGGAAAGUAUUAGAAAUGUCCAAACUAUUUCUUUUAUCAAGUCAAAUAAAGGUUACAAACCACCGACUCUGACUGUGAAACGUGGCAUUUUGAAAAUAGAGUAUAUUCAUGGGUUGCUGGUAUUCAUUCUCACGUGUCUUCAAAUAAAUUUUUUGAAACAUCAAGUUAGAAAUUCUAAGGUUAUACGCAUAGUACUACGUUGGUAUGGCAAACCGAUUGACGAGAUAGUGAAUCAUUAUCGACUGAGAUACCUAGGACAUGUAUUAUAUAUGGCCAUCCACCGACUACCUCGACGGGCAAUGAUGACUGGUGUAGAAGUUGUUUGCAGGAAAAAUAGGGGCGGCCAAACCAAGAUGUGGGAUCAGUCUUUGGAGUCAGUGACUGUUGGACUAAGGCAUAUAGGUAGGUGGAGACCACCUGACUGGGGUCCGUGUGAUUAUCGUAGCCAAUGCUUAAAGAAUGAAUGACAUAGCUCAGAGUCGUUCACUGUAGCUUAUGUGCGUUCACACUUUGUUUUCCCUUAAACCCUAAGUAUUAAACUCUACAAAUACUUUUUAUUUCACUAGAUUCAUAUUUUCUCGAACAGUGUGUUCGAUGUCUAAUCUUUUCUGUUACCACAUUUACUACUUUUGGAUUUGCCGUGACAGUGUUAUCUUAAUGUUUUAAUAGGGUAUAUCAACUCGAAUGAAUGUAGACAUGUGCUAGGUUCUGUAUUGUAUUUCACUGACUAAGUAUUCUUUAACCCUGACCUCAAACAGUUACAAAAACCCCUUUUAUAACUUUAAAUUCUAGUUUGAUUUAUAUUUCAAAUAAAUUACUCUUUUUGAACAAUUCUUUCCUUUAAAUUGCAAGUUAUUUUGAUCAUUCAAAAUGACUAAACAUAUUCACUUUUAUGUAGUUGAAAGGAAAACAACAAACUAUAAUCAAUUUUUUUAAUCCUCUAUUCAAUAUCCCUGUUGUUUUGUUUGAACAACUUCUAUAUCGUCUAUCGUUAGUUUGUGUUGUACAGUGAUGAUCUCACUUUCGAUGAUGAGUGGUAUAGGUAUUACAUGCUGAUUUUUACUCGUUUAGUAAAAUCCAUUUUCUUAACUGUCUCUUUAAACAGAAUUGGCAUAGCACUGAUAAGUUGGAUGGUGAUUAACCAAGUUUCAUAUAAAGGGGCACCUCUUCUAGAAACCAGUUAAGAACCACACACUGUCUUAGUCUUUUAAACUGACGUCAUUCCAAUUUUGAAUUAUUUAACGAACAUUUUAUUUCUAUUUAUUUAUUUGUUUAAACACAUAAACAUUAGUACAAGGAGGCACAAAAUAGAUAUGCACAACAUAAAUCAUUCGAUAUGUGUGAGCGCUAAGAUGCUGCCCGGGUGCCCGAAUCGAAACAGCUGGUUUUCUUAGGAGGCCACACCCUGAGCCUUUAACAUAAAUGUCUAAUCCAUAAGGUAGUUGAGCAACGUCAGGAGAUGCAGUCCCAUGGUAGUCGGUGAACAACGAUUGGUUCAUACGCCAUUUGUUCCUUCAGGAUCAUGGAGCACAUAUGCAUGAUUAGUUUGGAAUGAGGGUAUUCCAACUCCUAUAGGUGGACUCUCCGUGUCUACUAACCCUGUUAAAGUGACGGACAUUCGCUAUUCGUCCUCUCGAUUUCGUAAACAGCAGUAAUGUUGCGAGAAGGCAGUGAGUAGGACUUCCCUGGCAGUGGUUGUGUGUACGUGGCCAUGUGAGAACAUUUCGAGAGGGAGAGCUGACUCUCCCCAUUCUCGGCCAUACCAGGGCAUUUGUUGGCUUUGUUUCUAAGUCAAUAAACUAAGUCUUUUUAAACGAUAUCAUUAUGAGAACAAUUUAUUCUACUUCCCGUCCUUCUUUCCACUUCAUUCUGAAAUCAUUAAUACUUAUUGGUUUUGUGCUUAAUUUUUUUCCUGAUUUAAACACAGAUACAUGGGAUUGUAUAGCCACUGUGUUUUUCAUUGACACAGCACAUAAUAUUCUUAGUUAUUUGGAUACCAUUUGGCGUAUACUUAAACCUGGCGGUUAUUGGAUCAAUUUUGGUCCAUUAUUAUAUCAUUUCUCUGAUAUACCUGGUGAAGAUUCUUUAGAAUUAAGUUAUACAGAACUUCGUUUAGCUAUUAAACGAUUAGGUUUUGAAAUUGUGCGUGAAAAAUCUAAUAUUCAAUGUGGUUAUACACAAAAUUCAUCAUCAAUGCUAUCAUAUAAUUAUAAUUGUGUAUAUGGUUUAUUUCGUAAACCAUUUAUAACAACAAUAUCACCAACAACUGAAACGAAUGUAACAAAAUUAAUGUCAACAUUGAAUACGACUACUUCAACUAUCAAUGAUAUGGAAUAAUUACACAAUUUUAUAUAACAAACCCUGCCAAUCAAAACAUUCUUAUUAUAAGCAAGUAAUUGUUUUGAUGUUCAUUUCAAGGUGUUCAAGAUUUGAUAAUAAAAAUUUGUUAUUUUUUUUCUAGGUUUUUAACUUUGCAGUCGUUCUUUUUUUUUCCUUUCAAAAUGGUAUUACAUAACUCAUUAGAUCCAGUUUAUCCAUUGUAUUCUUAUCUGAGUUAAUAAGCAUUCAAUACAGUAUAUGAAAGUGUUGUAGUGCCUUUGUUUAAAUGAUUAGACUGUUGUGUAUUUGAACAACAACGAUUAAUUAUCAUUCAUCUUUGAUCGAUGUAUUUUGAUUAUAAAGUAUAUAUACAAAUGUAUAAGAUUGUUCUUAUCUUUAUAUCAUGAUUGUUUAUUGAAAAUAAUGUUGAGUUAUAAAAUAUAAUGUGAAUACGUUGUCAAUUAUAAGGUUGUGAAGAUCAUGCGAGUGGUAUCGUGGAUGCACAUUACUGAGAAAUCCUACAAUAGGAUGAAAUAGCCAUUCAGUGCUUUUAGGUUUGCAAUACUGAUCUAACAUCAAUCGAUUUAUGAUCUCGAUUGACUAUGUUGUCAACAUUAAACAAAAUUCUUGAAUAAUAUACGACUAAAAUAUAAAAUGACAAUGUGAACUGAAAUAAUGAAGUUAUUAGGAAUAUUCAAUAAUCGAAAAAAUAUCUGAUAAACAUUAUUGGAAGAUUUCUCAAUUAUUUUACACCAUAAAAUUUUUUCCAAAAAUAAAAACGACAAAAUGAUAAACGUGAGCUGGAAACAAUUACGACACGAGAGGUUACAGCUACUAAUAGUUGAGGUAUGGAAAAAUGAUGGCGAGUUAUUGGUCUGUCACGAAUCCAUGGUAAAAGAAUGUGUACAGGUGUGUGUGUGUGGAGGAACUCACACUAUCAUGUCUGUAUGUGGAUGAUGGGGUUGUUGUUGGUGAUUUCAAAAUCGCCUGCGACCGCCGGGAGUCGAACCCGGAUCGACUGCUUGGAAGGCAGCCAUGAUAGCCACUACACCACGGUCGCGACUAUUCCUAC